AACCAUGAAAUCUAGCUGUUAGCUACUAAUGGAACUGGAGCCCAGGGAGGAACAUAUUUUGAUAUAUUACUCACCAGUACUACAUCAGCAUUAAGCUGUGUUAUCGAAAUGAAGAAAACAUGUCUAAAGCAUGUUUACAAAUAUAUGGAGUACCAUUCAAUGCAAGAACAAAAACAUAAGGUCUCAUUUGGUUGCAAGUGGGGGCCCUAUAUUGGUCAUUGUUUAAAAGCGUGGGGUACACCCUAAGACAACACCACCUGAUAUCUCAUCCGUAUGCCCUCAAUCCUUCAACAAUCAUUUCUCUUUGAAUUGGGAUUCCAAAGAAGCUAAAAUACUAUAAAUACACUCCUCUUGUAUUCACAAACACCACAAGUCAUUGGCAAUCCUCAAGUAUUUAGGACACAAUCUUCUUACAAAUUUGAGAUCUUUGUUUUCUUCUCCUUCCUUCAAAUAAGCACAAAAAUGGGUUUCCAUUUACAUGCUAUUCGACGAGCAUCAUUCACUGCUAUCCAAGGAAGUUCAAAAUCUGCGAAAGUGCCUAAGGGUUAUCUUGCAGUAUAUGUUGGAGAAAAACAGAAGCGGUUUGUGAUUCCGCUAUCAUACUUGAACCAACCUUCAUUUCAGGACUUGCUGUGUCAAUCUGAGGAAGAGUUUGGAUACGAACAUCCCAUGGGUGGCCUCACAAUUCCUUGCAACGAAGAUGUCUUCCAUCAAAUAACUUCUCGCUUGAAUGGGCUCUAAAGCUCACACUAUAGGAAACUGACAUAGUGAUUAGUAGAGACAAUUUUGUACAAUAGUCAUCUUACUUGUAAAAAUUAUGCCUCUUCAAGUGAAAAGGGAAAAUUUUACUAUAUGACAAAUUCACAUGCAAAGUUUACCCUUUACUUUUUUGUGUAAUUACAAUGAACUCAGCUAGCUACUAAAUGUUUCUUUUAUCAAUUAAAAUUUCCACCUCUCAGUACAACUAGGCCUUAUGCUGCUGUGAAAAAAAAUCUAAUUGCUAUAAUAAAUUCCAGAAAG